GAGAGAAAGAGAGAGGCACGCACACACACACAGCCAGAGUGAGCGCAAAGAGAGAGAAAGAGAGAGGCACGCACACACACACAGCCAGAGUGAGCGCAAAGAGAGAGAAAGAGAGAGGCACGCACACACACACAGCCAGAGUGAGCGCAAAGAGAGAGAAAGAGAGAGGCACGCACACACACACAGCCAGAGUGAGCGCAAAGAGAGAGAAAGAGAGAGGCACGCACACACACACAGCCAGAGUGAGCGCAAAGAGAGAGAAAGAGAGAGGCACACACACACACACAGACAGAGUGAGCGCAAAGAGAGAGAAAGAGAGAGGCACGCACACACACACACACACACACACACACACACACACAGCCAGAGUGAGCGCAAAGAGAGAGAAAGAGAGAGGCACGCACACACACACAGCCAGAGUGAGCGCAAGAGAGAAAGAGAGAGGCACGCACACACACACAGCCAGAGUGAGCGCAA